GCACGCGAUACUAGACUACACAGCAGAUGCAUUGCGUAUUAGAACAAUUGUCCUUCAGUUGCGAUCAACCAGUGUCACAAUCCUCAUAGAUUCAUCAGUGUUAGUUGAGUUAGGAAGUGUACGUAAACUCCAAUGGGGUUUAGGUCGGUUUCCAAAUUCAAGGAUCGUUAACUCGAAAGACUUAUGUAAAUAAAGUUAAAACAAAUAACAGACCGUUAUACGUAUGAACUUAGUGAAUGAACUCUUUGAAAUUAAAAUAAUAUAAUCAAAAUGCUAAUGUUGCAGAACUCGUUUUAUAGAGCUGUUCUCUCAUCAUCAACACGUGAGGCAGUCUACCUAGUACCUUCUCAACGAUCUGAUUGUCAAGCUUGGCUUCGAGGAUUAAUAGCCUGGAUACUGACGGUUGUCAUCGCACAUGGGCACCAGUUAAACAGCGAAGAAACACCACGGACGUGGAAAAUGGCGGAACCAUUACGAAGUAUAUAUCACACUUUGAAAAUCCAGAGCCAUUCUCAGGUGGAUUUAUCAUCAGUGAAUGCGAAAAACAUCACCACACAAGUUGAACAGACUGUUUAUCUUCACUGUCCCUUUGACCCACAAGGAGGCGAAAGAGUCUCUUGGAUCCGGCUACGCGAUUUUCAUGUGCUUACCGUAGGUAGGUACACAUACACUUCAGACGAACGGUUUGAAGUUUAUCAUACCGAUUUCUCGAACGACUGGGCUCUCAAAAUACAGAACGUGCAACAAAAAGACGCGGGCUUGUAUGAGUGUCAACUGACGUCGGACACUCCUGUGAGUCAGUAUGUUUACCUUCGUGUUGUAGUUCCAAUUGCCAAAAUAUUGGAGGGAAACAAACGCUACUUCAAACCAGGGAGCCCUCUAAACCUAACGUGUUUCAUCAGUAAUAGUCCAGAGCCUCCAGUCUAUGUGUUCUGGUAUCACAAUCAACGGAUGAUUAACUAUGAUACAAUGAAGGGACAAAUCACCGUUAAGAAAGCUCCUAAAAACACAGCCUUCAGCAGUCUGUAUAUUGACAAUGCCCAGUCAUCUGACUCAGGGAAUUACACGUGUGCGCCUUCAAACGCAGAUCCAGUCAGUAUUCUUGUGCAGGCUAUUGAAGGUGAGAACACGGCUGCUGUCCAAAAUGACGGAGGUCCUUCUAUGCCUUCAGGGGUGUCGCGUCCUUUGACGAUGCCGUUUUCAGUACUUUUUUCAUUGACUUAUGUGGUUAAUGAUGGUAUUUGGAGAUGACAAAACCAAUGGUUGAGAUGAUGGAAUGAAGGCUGUUUGAAUAUUCUUCUAAAUGGUGCUUGGAAUUCCGAUUUUGUCGUCAAUGCGCACAUCCAGUUUGUCAACGUUGUCUGUUAGCAUUCCAAGGCCACUUAUUUUCUGUCAUCUCAGCCGUAAUGUUUUGUGUUGUUCUCAGUAGCAGAUGGUGGUUUAAAUUUUCGGAGUGAACCACUCAGUAUCAGAAGGGUAAUACUAUUGAGUGCAGUUUUAUGAUAUCCCCAGUAAAUCCGACUUCCUAUCAGUCCCAGCUGCAGCUAACGUAAAAUCUUCAGUUUGUUACCAGUUUGUGUUUGUUGUAGGAAGAAGCAGAAUGAAUAUUUAAGGAACGACAAUACUUACUUCAGUGCAUUUUAAAUGAAAAAAAAAUCUACAAUCUAUACUUGUUUUAUGCAGACAAAGACAGAUUUGGUAGCCUAGUUAUUUCCGAGUUAAAUUUUAUUAUUUCAAGUCUGCAUUGAUUUAUGAUGAAAAUAUCCUUGGAAUUUAUUGACAUUAAACAAACUGAAGAAAAAAAUAUAUACUAAAGAAAUAUUGUAUUCUAAUUGAAGAAUUGUGUAACUUCAAGAAAAUUAUUAAGAUCAGCUUAAAAUUCUUUAUUUUGGAAAACUUGAAAACACAUUUCAAAUCAAGUUUAAAAUGUUUCUCAGAUUUAGAAUAUAGUAAGACAUUGCUAAUGGAAGUAUAAAUGGUUUAAAAAAUGUUUCAGAGGAAGCGAUACAACGAACCUGAAGAUAUGAUACUUAAACUGCUUUUAUAGAAAGAACAAUAAGUGUAUUUCAAGCUCGUAUAUAGGUGUUGUAAAACAAAUGUUUGCUGAUAAUAGUCAUUGCUAUUUUGAGCUUAAUGUUUAGAAAAUCAUAAUUCAGCUAAGAUGUGUAUAUAAAUUAAUGAGUCAAUGUAUAUUUGAUGUACACUUUGUUGUUGACGUAUAAUUUUGUGUAUGCUUUUGUGAAAUA